GAACAAACACGACGCCUCUCUUCCAUAGUUCGGAACAGUGUCGGCGAAAGAGGCUUGCGUGUUUGCCUUGGAUUUUCCAACAGUGCUGCGAGUUCUCGAUGUGUGGUAGUAGUGGUAGUAGUAGUAGCAGUAGUAGUUGUUGUUGUAGCAGUAGUACCAAACGACCUAUAAACCUAGAACACAGCCCCACAAAACUAGCGCACCGUGGGUGGUAAGGUUUUCUCUUUCUACCCCCAACGCAACCAGGUACCUCCCUACCGCUCCCACAAACCUUCCGGUGUUGUUACCCGGUGCUCCUGCCCGGUGUGGGUGUUGUUCGCCAGUGCCAGUUCGUCGCGAACGUUCGCCCCCGGCAGGAUGUCGGACUUUGUGCGCGAUAUGCGCAACCACAAGAUAGUGCCGGACGUGGUGCCGGUCCCGCCCGAGAGCCUCCUGCACGUGACCUAUCCCGGCGGGCUGCGGGUCAACCUUGGCAACAUCCUCACCCCGACCGAGGUGAAGCACGUGCCGGAGGUGGCCUGGCCGGAGGCGGAACCGGACGCCUACUACGCGCUCGUGCUGACCGAUCCGGACGCGCCGAGCCGGACGGCGCCCAAGUUUCGCGAAUGGCACCACUGGCUGGUGGUGAACAUACCCGGCAUGGACCUGGCGAAGGGGGACACGCUGUCGGAUUACAUUGGCGCUGCGCCGCCCCGCAAAACUGGCCUCCAUCGGUACGUGUUUCUGCUGUACCGGCAGAACGAGCGGAUCUACUACAAGGAGUCACGGCUGUCGAACAGAAGCACCCAGGGUCGGGGCAAGUUCUCCACGCACAAGUUUUCGGAAAAGUACGAGCUGGGGCUGCCGGUGGCGGGGAACUUCUUCCAGGCCCAGUUCGAUGACUACGUGCCGAAGCUGUACCGUCAGCUGGGACACUUUCAAAACGCAUUCUAAAAGCUGCCAACAGUGCGAAGGAUGAAAGAGAAAGAGAAAGAGACAGAGAGAAGAAAGUGCGCAUCAACUUGCGACUAGGGGUCGUUCAACUUUCGGGGUCAGAAGCAGGAUCUUUCUCGCGAUCGGUUGAGAGGAUAAUGAUAAAGUGCGAUGCUCGUGGUCUGCUGCGCAAUAAAAACGCACACACGCACACAUUCGCACAGACAGACAGACAGGGACGAACGGUGAAGAAACAGUUCACAGCAUCUGUGAGCUCUGUGGGGAGGAUGAAAGGAUUUGUGAAGCUAUAGCUAAAAAGGAAAGAAAAAAAAGCCCAAACGAGUGGCUGGCAUAGGGCAGGAUACAUAGGCCAUGGGAUGGAAAUGAUCACCUCGAGAGGGCAGAAUGGCAUACACAACAUACACACAAAGACGUGCUUCGCAGAUCGAUUUAACGUCGGCUCACCUGUGGUGCCUCUGCUGUUGCCAUGAUACCUUCGGAAGGGAUCUUUGCCACCGAGCGGACAAUUCCGGCGAAGGGCAAAGGCUGCGAGUCUGCUGCUAGAAUCCUUCGCCGAGCCGUAGAAAGGCAGACAAAAACAAGGAUAAAGCGAAAAGAAAAACGAAAAUUAAUAAAUAGCAAGAAGCGAAGAAGAAAAGCGCAAACAAACAAAGAAAAAAAAACGGAAGCAGAAGAAACGAUUUUAUGUAAAACAAAGAUCCCCAAAGAUAUGUGGUAGUAUAGGUAGAGUGAUUUAGCAUAUAACGUUGUACGAUCAUCAAGUCAGACAGUCGGAAGAGAUGAAAAAAUAAGAGAAAAACAAGCACUAGCGAAUGUACGUUUGCACGUUGAGGAAGGGCAGUGGAGUGAUGAGAGAGAGAGAGAGAGAGAGAGAGAGAGAAAAUACGUCGAUUUUAUUAUUCUUAUUACUGUUUAGUCGCAAGUUCCGGCAAUAGGUGUUAUGUGUUACCCGAAAGGGCGAUAGCGGUAGGGUAGGAUAAAACGGGGUGCCAGCCUUGCGCUCACACACAGGGCUCACGCUAUGUGUACGUGUAUGUGUGUGUGUGUGUUGCAGACGAUGGAACUGCGACCUCUUGGAGUGUUCAAUAAAAAUUUGCGACCUCUUCGUGCGCACACGGCAGUGCUGGGCGGAAGGGGCCAAUGUAUCAUUGUAUCGUAUCGGUGUCCUUUUACGUACCCGGUGAAGCUUGCUGCGUGCGUGAGAAAAGGGCAAGAAAGGGGCACAAUGUUGCAAGCGCGGCUGUGCGGCUGGAAAUGGUUUGUUGCUGUUGGGAUGGAGCGAAGGAUUUGGACUGGGUUUGAGUGUGUUUUUUGCUCGAAGGCGGCGGUUUCCACAACGCAGGAUGUAAGUUCGAUUCUCAGCUCCGAUCGCUCGUCUCCUCGUGUACGGUAUGAUAACAAAAAGGGGUUUGUAAGACUUGUGUAGAAAGAAGGCACCAUAACCACACAUUGUAGAUCAUUGUCCCGUGGAGAAGAAGGAUCAUUUUUCGUUGUUUUAUAUUAUUUAUUUAUUUAUCUUUUCCAUUACAACGGUACAUGUUUGAGUCAUUUUUACAGCCCUUCGAUUAUGAUUGAUCUAGUUCAAUGCAUUUACUCCUAAGCAAAUUUCCUUAUCUUGAACAUAAUCAGUUUAUCUCUUUGUUUUCUAUAAUUUAUUUAUUAUAAGUAUUACGUUGAAGAAUUACAGAGUUCCUGUGACUUUUUGUUACAUUUUCUCAUCAUUUUUAGAUAUUGUUUGAAUCGUUUCACGAAUUAUGGACACUUUCACACGUAUGUUCUCAAUCUGUGCUACUAUUUAUUGACUGGUUCUCGAUGUUUUCAACAGUGUGUUUCAUACAAUGAUCGGCAUAAUAAAACGCCCUCCUCUUACAAGUUUAGAUUUGUUGUACUUUAAGUAGUGAGUAGUUUUACCUAAAAAUGAAGUUUUACUAAUGCAUUAAUUAAUUUAUUUUGUACAAUACCAAACCAUAACUAAAUAGAGAAGUUUGAUUAAAAAGUAAAUGUAAUAAUAAUGUAUCAAAAAUUGGACCGAAUCAAAUCGAUUGAUUUUACACAGCUUUAAGCACAAUACUCAUAAUAGUUAAAUUAUAGUUUAAACAUAAAAAAAUGACAUUUCAUUUUUAACAAAAAAAAAACGAAAUUUAACAAACAUAAAAUUGUAAGAAGUGGGUACUUUGAUAUCUACCAUUUUUAAAGCACAUUUUUCCAAUAAAAUGAGAAACCAAAGAGACGCAAAAACAGUAUGGAAAGAAAUCAAAAAGUUUGAGAAGCUUUAAAACUACUUGUGGAAAUAUGUAAAAUACGCUGAAUUUAACCGUAUCCCAAAAAAAAAACGGAACAAAAGAACAAAGAGAGAUACAAUUUGUUAGAAAUGAUCCAACGACACAGCAAACGC